AUGCAGAAGCUGCAAAUUGCACAUGAUUAUUAUGCCAAAGUUGAUCUAAUUAACAGUUUUAUUGAACGAAUGAAUGCGCAUAAUACAAGGUUUCUACGAGGUGUACGUUUGCCAAUUGAAAGCUACGUUGGUAAAUUAAAAGAUGCGAAAAAUAAUCCGUUACUGCAGGAUAUCGUCGAAACUGUUAAUUCGUUCCAGGAAGCAAUGGGCGGUGAAUCGGUUUCUGUAAUGUCGCCACGUUUUUUCUCGAUAAUACCAGACAGAGGAAGACGACAUUUGCUUUCACCAACGAUGUUCAGCUUUCAACGUGACGGACUUCUCUCCAUUCCUGAUUUACUAAAAGUAUGUGAUUCACGACAAAAAGCAGAUCUUAACCGCCAAGGCUACGCGUAUUUGUCGGCCGAGCAGCUUCGUCUUAUUUAUGGUGAAGCAGCGGAGGAUUUGCAGUUAGAUUUGGAUCGAUACAAUCAGAUGAGUGAUGCUGAGAAGGAAGAAAUUAUCGAAACCAAAAUUCGAGCCCUCGCAUUACUUUCGAGACGUGCUGCGCAGCGCGGUCACGGGACUCGGUUUAAACGGCAUCAUAAGCAGAAUGAAACAGAACAUGCACGUUUGCUAAUUAUCGGUGUAUUCCAUACGUUUGAGACGGUUGCAUUCUCAAGCUACAUCGGUUACGGUAGCGCGCUUGAAAUACUCACACUCUCGCCAUAUGCUUUUGUUAUGGAAGUGCUUUAUCCGGAAGCUAUUGGUAUACGGACUUUGUCACCACAUGCAAUUGGAGCUUCUGUUCUGAGUCCGAUCGCCCUGACUUCGAUGAUCCUUUCGCCAAGUGCUUUGAGAGCCGAAGUGGGUUCUCAUUUUGUCUCAGUUUUGCCGGUUCAAAAUUUCUGCAAUCUUUUGUCUCAUUUUACCUCAGCUUUCUGGCUGAAUUUUUUUUUUUUUUUUGGAUAA